ACUUUCAGAGCACUUUGUUGAAGUUCUUGUGCUAAAACAUAAUCUCGAGCAAAAGCUCAACAAGUGGUCAAGAUGUCGUAUAUGCUACCUCAUUUAAGUAAUGGCUGGCAAGUGGAUCAGGCAAUAUUAGCUGAGGAAGAUCGCGUCGUACUUAUUCGAUUUGGUCAUGACUGGGAUCCAAGUUGUAUGCGAAUGGAUGAAACUUUGUAUAAAAUUGCGAACAAGGUGAAAAAUUUUGCUGUAAUAUAUUUGGUAGAUACGACGGAGGUGCCUGAUUUCAACAAAAUGUAUGAAUUAUACGACCCAUGCACUGUGAUGUUCUUUUUUCGCAACAAACAUAUUAUGGUUGAUUUAGGCACUGGUAAUAACAACAAAAUCAACUGGCCCAUCACCGAUGGACAAGAACUAAUCGAUAUUUUAGAAACGGUUUACAGAGGCGCUCGUAAAGGCCGUGGUCUUGUCGUGUCUCCGAAAGAUUAUUCGACGAAAUAUAAAUAUUGAUUAAUUUUGAAAACUUGUUAUAUUUUUUCAUUGUAUUUUUAUUUACAUCGAUUCCUUUGACGUUUUGGUAUUCGUUUCUGUUUUUAUGUACUAUGGGAUUCUGUAUCGGAAUGCUAGUCGUUUCAAACUAAUAACUCCC